CAAAAUUCACGUUAUUACGUCAAACAUAUCCUAGUGCAGUCUCCUCAUAGAUUCGAAGCCACUGCUACUUCAGAGCACAGGCUUAUCAGGUUCAAUGCUUUGUACAGAGAGACAGAACGUAGAGCCAGGUUAAGUCCAUAUAAUUUGCCGAACAAAUCGACCACGCUACAACGGCCGAGAGCAGCACUGAUAGGUACGCGGCGCGGCGUGAGCUCUCUUUGUAGCACCUCACUUCUAGAAUCUCACAGCGCUAUCGGGUCACUUGCCACACAGGGAUCAGCGGUGGCAGGGCUCUUGACUUACAAUAUGUAAAUCACGAAACGCCGCGUAGACAGUCCAACGAGACCGUCGCCGUCUUUUGCUGGCAGGUUAUCGAUAUGUUGUUCACGCUCGCCGGAAUCACCCUACUUAGCGUUGCUGUUGCUGGCAAUCAAGCGUCUAACCAAUGCAAAACUUUUCCCGAAGAUCGAGCAUGGCCUUCAGCGUCCGAGUGGGACAGCUUUAACAAGACAGUCGGUGGCCGACUCGUCGAAACGGUCCCUCUAGGAGCACCAUGCCAUGGUUCGACAUUUGACGACGCUGCUUGUGAAAGUCUGCAACGACAGUGGCAGACCGAAAAAAUUCAUUAUGAGUCUUCUUCAUCCGUAAUGGCACCUUUCUUCGCAAACCAAAGCUGCGAUCCCUUCCAACCGCGAGAGCGUCCAUGUGAGCUCGGUAAUUACGCAAGAUUCGCUGUCAAUGUCUCUGGGCCUGCAGAUGUUCAGAGGACGAUUGAGUUUGCAACAUCCAGGAACAUUCGUCUUGUGGUUCGUAACACCGGUCACGACUAUCUGGGCAGAUCUACUGGUGCCGGCUCACUCGCAGUAUGGACGCAUCAUCUCAAGGACAUCGAUCACAUCCCAACCUACAAGAGCACGGAAUACAACGGUGCAGCGUUCAAGCUUGGGGCUGGCGUGCAGGGCUUCGAGAUCUUGGCUGCCGCCCGCGACAAGGGCCUGAUAGUUGUUACGGGUGAAUGCCCAACUGUCGGCAUGAGUGGCCUCACCCAAGGCGGAGGCCACUCAGCCAUCAGCACGAGCUUUGGACUAGCUGCCGACAACAUCCUCGACUGGGAAGUUGUUACGGCCAGUGGAAAACUUGUAGUUGCCAAUAAGAAGCAGAACUCAGAUCUGUACUGGGCUCUGAGUGGCGGCGGCGGAAGCACAUACGGCGUCGUGGUUUCUAUGACCGUCAAAGCACACAAAGAGGCUGUUUUCGCCGGAGCCUCGCUCUCGUUCUUCGCCACUGAUAACGUACAAGAUACGUUCUACGAUGCGAUCCAGAUCUUCCACGAGGAACUGCCCGCCAUGGUUGACGCAGGUACUAUGGUGGUGCACUACUUCACGUCAGCUUUCUUCAUGAUUGCGCCACUUAGUGCAUACAACAAAACUGCAGCUGAGGUCAAGACUAUUCUCACGCCCUUCCUUGCUAGAAUCGACAGUAACAAGGUUAACUACACUGUCACUUACAGCGAAUUCGACACCUAUUACGAGCACUAUGAUAAAUACUUCGGUCCCUUACCCCUCGGCAACAUUCAAGUCGGUAUCGCGCAAUACGGAAGUCGCCUGAUUCCACGAAGUGUCGUGGGUAACAUCACAGACACCUGGAGAGCCGUUGUGGAGAAGGGUGUGACGUGGAUCGGUGUUGGAACAGACGUACAGCCGUUUGGCUCUGAGGAUACGACUUCAGUCCAUCCGGCUUGGCGCAAAGCCAUAGUGCAUGCGACGCUCACCCUUCCCUGGAAUUUUACAGCUCCAUGGUCUGAAGCCAUUGAGACGCAGCAGAUGAUGACUAACGUCAUACAACCUCUUGUUGAGGCUGCGACUCCAGGCAGUGGUUCUUACGUUAAUGAGGCGGAUUUCAAUCAGAAGAAUUGGCAAACGACGUUCUGGGGCACCAAUUAUAAGAAGUUGGUUGGCAUAAAGAAGAAGUGGGAUCCGGCUCAUCUUUUCUAUGCUACAGUAGGCGUUGGUAGCGAGAACUGGGUUGUGCGAAACGACGGGCGCAUGUGCCGUGCGUAACACAUGUGCACCUACAUACCUAUGUAACAGCAAGGCCCUGUGCUUAAUCCAUGCAUAAUGUUCGAGAUGUUGGUCGCAAUUUGUUCUAUUCACUCUGAUGUGCAAUAUACGCGUUGACGUGUUAUCGAGUGUCUUUGCAUUUCCAUAUUCGAAGGCAGAGGCUCAAGAAACGUUCAGCAAAGAUUG